AAAGCUCGUUUGUGUUAACGUUCUUUGACUUUUUAUGGAUUUUGGUCGUGUUCUAACGCACAUUCCAUACAUUUUAAUCGCGUUCAUUUUGUUAAUUGCGUCAACGGUUAAAUUUAGAUGUUUGUGAUGAGUUUUUGGUGAUGUGAUUGUGGUGUGUUUUAUAGAAACUUCCGGAUUAUACGCAUUUAGCUCGGAGCCCAAACACGUGCCGCUCUUUCACCAUCGCCGAACGAAAAAACCUCAAGACAUUUUUAUCAAUGAGUCUCAUCAUCGGCGACAUCUGAACCCGACGAUGACCGUAAAAUAGUUCUUUUCUGCUUCAAGUUUGCUCCUCCAGAACGAGAGAGAGCGCGAUGCUGUCGGCGGGGCUUGGGUACGGUGUCUCUGGUCCCGUGACGGGCACCACGCCCCCCUAUAGCCCGCCACCCCCCGCUAGACACAGCCCCUUACCGAGUUUCGGAUUCACCCAGGAGCAAGUCGCGUGCGUGUGCGAAGUAUUACAACAGGCCGGUAACGUCGAACGCUUAGGUAGAUUCUUAUGGUCGUUACCGGCUUGCGACAAACUCCACAACAACGAAUCCGUACUAAAGGCCAAAGCCAUAGUGGCCUUCCAUCGAGGCAACUUCAAGGAACUUUACAAAAUAUUGGAAAGUCAUCAGUUUAGUCCGCACAAUCAUGCCAAACUGCAAGCAUUGUGGCUCAAAGCGCACUACAUCGAGGCAGAAAGGCUCAGAGGCAGACCCUUGGGCGCCGUUGGCAAAUACCGAGUGAGGCGAAAAUUCCCUCUACCUCGAACCAUCUGGGACGGCGAAGAAACAAGUUACUGUUUCAAAGAGAAAUCCCGUAGUGUUCUUCGCGAUUGGUAUUCGCACAAUCCCUAUCCUAGUCCUCGCGAAAAAAGGGAAUUGGCGGACGCCACCGGCCUAACGACAACUCAAGUCUCCAAUUGGUUCAAAAAUCGAAGACAGAGGGAUAGGGCAGCCGAACAUAAAGACAGCGGCCAGUCCAACUCCGACAAGCCCCAUCUCGAUUCGAGCGGAUCAGACAGCGAAUCCGAGCACAAACUUUCAACGUACACCCCCUCGGGGGCCGUUGGACCCCCACAACUUGCACCUUACGGUGGACUGGGGGCGCCAUCCAUCGGACAGCCCCUCUACCAGGCCCCGGGAGGCAUCCUGCACGACUACCAGGCCUUGUGACAGUGGUUAGCCACGCCGCAAGAUGCCGCCAGUAAUUUGUGAAUCGGUGAUAACGGGGAAGCCCCCAAUUGACCUUUGUUACUAUUGUACUUAUCGAAAUUGUAUUUUUGUUUAAAGUUUUAAUGUACAUAGAAAUUUAUUCCUUAUUGUAGGAUAAGUGUAUGUAUUAGGUAGUCCAUCACUGCCUUUCUUUCGCCAUCUCCGAGCAAUAAUUUUGUUUGUGGACUGUAUGCUUAGGGUUUUUUUGCUGUGACUGUACUUAUUCACCAGAUUUUCGGUCAAAUGUAAACUCAGCGUUCAAUCAUUUGUGGCACAAAGCAAUAAAACUAUAGCUUGAUAUUCACCCGAAAGGGCUGGUUUAUUAUAUUUACGAAAACUACUGGUUUUUAUUUCAAAAAAAAUACAACUGGCAACGCCGGAAAUGUUGUCAGCGUUGUGAGUUUCGUGCUAACUUUUUUGAAAUAAAAAUUAAUUUUAUGUUACUCAUACCUUCACCAUACGUACUUAUAUAAAUGGUAAAAAGCACGAUAUUUUGUUUACCUAUGUCCGAAUAAUAUUUCUGUUGUAAUUGAAAAUAAAUUUGAAUAAUUACCUU